AACUUGAAGACGACGUCACCAUCACCAGCAGUUUCUGGAGUCACUUGCCGAGGCUAAGACUGUCCACUGCCAGUAUGAUCCUGACCCUGCUGCUCAGCCUUGGGGGGCCCCUAGGCUGGGGGCUGCUAGGGGCCUGGGCUCAGGCCCCAGGUACCAGGUUCUCUAAUCCACACGGCCCCAGGCAACCUGGGGUCUGGAGCGCAGAGGCUGAGGACACCGGCAGGGGCCCCGUUGGACGUAACUGGUGCCCCUACCAGAAGUCCAGACUAGUCACCUUCAUUGCCGCUUGCAAAACAGAGAAAUUCCACAUCCACAAGCAGCAGCCAUGCCCACAGGGAGCUCUGGACUGCCAGAAAGUCAAAGUCAUGUACCGCGUGGCACUCAAGCCAGUGUACCGGGUCAAGCAGAAGGUGCUGUCCUCCGUGGCCUGGAGGUGCUGCCCAGGCUUUGCAGGCCCUGACUGCCAGUACCAUGACCCUACUGCGAUCCCUGAGCCUGCAGAUCCAGAUGAUGACUUCCAGGAGCCUUGGGACGGGCACGCUGCCCUAGAACAUGGCCACCCAGCUGCAGAAAUCAGCAAUAUCGUGGUGCAGCAGGAACGCCUGCUGGGAGAUGUGCAGAAUGACAUUUACCAGAUGGCAGACAGCCUCCCAGGACUGUGGAAGGCCCUGGCAAGCAACCUCACAGCUGCCACAACUGAGGCAAAUCAGACAGAACUUGAGUUUCCUGACAGAUCCUUGGAUCAAGUGCUGCCCCACAUGGACACCUUCCUGCAAGUGCAUUUCAGCCCCAUAUGGAGGAGUUUCAACCAAAGCCUGCACGGCCUGUUCCAGGCCAUCAGAAACCUAUCUCUUGACGUGGAGGCCAACCGACAGGCCAUCAAGAGGGUCCAGGAGAACACUGUGGCCAGGGCCGACUUCCAGGAGCUCAGUGCCAAAUUUGAGACCAAGGUCCAGGAGAAUGCCCAGAAAGUGGGUCAGCUGCGGCAGGAUGUGGAGGACCGCCUGCAUGCCCAGGGCCUUUUCCUGCACCAGUCCCUCUCUGAGAUCCAGGUGAACAUGGACACCAAGGUGAAGAGGCUCCUUAAGGCCCAGGAGCCCCUGGGAGCCAAUGGCAGUCUGGCAGGGGUGGCAGGGGCAGGGGCAAGGCCGGAGCCUGAAAGCCUACAGGCCAGGCUGGGCCAGCUUCAGAGGAACCUCUCAGCGCUGCACGUGGCCACUGGCCAAAGGGAAGAGGCACUGCAGAGCACCCUGGCAUAUGUGAGGGCGGCCCUGGCCCAGCACGAGGCUGAGAUCAAGGAGCUGUACUCAGAGUCCGAUGAGACCUUCGAUCAGAUCAGCAAGGUGGAGCGGCAGAUGGAGGAGCUGCAGGUGAACCACACGGCGCUGCGGGAGCUGCGGGUGAUCCUGAUGGAGAAGUCACUGAUCAUGGAGGAGAACAAGGAGGAGAUGGAGCGGCAGAUCCUGGAGCUCAACCUCACCCUCCAGCAUCUGCAGGGAGCCCAUGCCGACCUCAUCAAGUACGUCAAGGACUGCAACUGCCAGAAGCUCUACUUCGACCUGGACGUCAUCCGGGAGGACCAGCGGGACACUACGCGGGCCCUGGAGGAGACGCAGGUGAGCCUGGAUGAGCGGCGCCAGCAGGACGGCAUCUCCCUGCAGGCCCUGAGCAGCACGGUGACCGCCCUGUCGCUGGCCGUGGACGCCGGCAAGGCGGAGGGAGAGCGGGCGCGGGCCGACUUGGCGCGGCUCCGAAGCCAGCUGCAGGCGCUGGGUGGCGAGACUGGCGCGCUGAAUGUCGCCGAGGCGGAGAUCCGCCGCGAGAUCCGCCAGCUGCACAGUUCCUUCGCGGCCCUGCUGGAGGACGCACUGCGGCACGAGGCCGUGCUGGCCGCCCUCUUCGGGGAGGACUUGAUGGAGGAGAUGUCGGAGGAGGCGCCCGGCCCGCUGCCACUACGCUACGAGCAGAUCCGCGUGGCCCUGCAGGACGCCGCCAGCGGGCUGCAGGAGCAGGCGCUCGCCUGGGAUGCGCUGGCCGCCCGAGUAACGGCCCUGGAGCAGGCCGCGGACCAGCGGGCGCAGCACCGAGAGCCCAGCCACGACGCGUCACGAGAGGGGGUCGGCGAGGCCCAGCUGGUGGGGCUGGAGCAGGAGCUGCAGCGCCUGGCUUCCGAGGUCAAGCAGGUGGGGCAGUGCUGCGAGGCUCCCGGGGCCUCCUCCCUCAACAGCUCCCUGGAGGACCUCCGCGGGGCACUCUCCAACUCUGCGCACGGCCUAGAACAGCACCAGCGGCUCUUCCACAGCCUCUUUGCGAACUUCCAAGGGCUUGUGGCAGCCAACGUCAGCCUGGACCUGGGGAAGCUGCAGGCCUUGUUGAGCAGGAAGGGGAAGAAGCAUCAGAAAGGUCUGGAAGCUCCCCGGAGGAGGGACCGGAAGCAAGCAAAGCUCUGGGAGACAGGCUCUCCUGUGGCCUUCUAUGCCAGCUUUUCAGAAGGGACGGCUGCCCUGCAGACAGUGAAGUUCAACAAAACUUACAUCAACAUUGGCGGCAGCUACUUCCCUGAACAUGGCUACUUCCGAGCCCCUGAGCGUGGAGUCUAUCUGUUUGCAGUGAGCAUUGAAUUCGGUCCAGGGCCAGGCACUGGGCAGCUAGUGAUUGGAGGUCACCAUCAGACCCCUAUCUGUACCACAGAGGAGCAGAGGGGUGGAAGCACAGCAACCACCUUUGCCAUGGCUGAGCUGCAGAAGGGUGAGAGAGUGUGGUUUGAGUUAACUCAGGGAUCGGUAAUGAAGAGAAACCCACCAGGCUCUACGUUCGGGGGAUUCCUGGUGUUCAAGACCUGAGCAUUGGGCACAGCUCUGACAGACAUGGUGGACUUGCCCAGCUUUCCUUGGCCUGGGGCUCUGGCCAGCACUGGUCUGGGACCAUCCAGUUGGUCUAGCUCUUCCCUGGAAACUUUCUGCAAAGACAGUAUGGCCUAUGUGGCCUCCCUCUAGAUGCACUGGGUUUGGUUAUUUCUUAAUGAGGAGGAGGAUUGGAAUGCUUCUCUCUGGGUAGGACCUGGUCUGGCGAAGUGUGAACCUUGACUUAGCGUGCCUCCCUGGUCCACAUGGCACGGACCCCAGCUCUCUGCCAGUGUCCUACGGCUUUGUUGUGUUUUUCAUUGGGGUUUUGGUCCUCUUGUGGUUGGAAUGUCCAUAUGCUUGUAACCUUUCUCCCACUUCCUCUUCUGCCUCAUUUUCUGCUAGAGAAUCCUUCUUUCCCAGAAGGGAUGUUUUAAAUGGAGGUGACAUUUUGGACAACGUUGGAAACCAGUCUGCACUCACUACAGAGCAGUAAGAGAAAACUAAGCUAAGCUCUCUGGUCUCUACCAGCCAGACAUGGAGAUGAAGUGCUGAGAUAAACAAGGGCAACAGAAUUCAUAACUUUCCCUUAGUUUCAGUCCUUCCUUGACUUUAUCUGUAACUUUAAUUUCACUUCUCUCUCCUUGCCUUGCAAAGGCUAAGAUAUGCCACACAAGAACGAAAACGUGUGUAGACUCCUUUGUUACCUCCUCCUGUAACUCAUGACCACCCUGAUUCUUAUUAGCAUCUCUAACCAGGAAGGGAGGGCUGAGGGAGGAAGUGAAGGACGUCUGUAAAACUCCCCCUCGAUAAUGACCAACUUUGGAAUAAAGUAAUGCCCUUCAAACAUCUGCCUGGUUUACGCAUCGAGAACAAAAUCAUUUGGUAAAAUAGAAAUACAGGACAAAAUAAAACUAUCUAGGAUGUGACUUUCAUUGUUCCAGGCCAUAUUUGAUUUCACAAUUUAAUUCUACAUGAAACAGAGGCCUUCCCAGCAGGCAAUGACAUGAAUAUUGGGUUAGGCAGUAGCUCAGUUGCAGUUAUUCCUGCAAUAUCAGUAUGGUUUUCAAAAAUGUUAACUUUGGUAGAAGCUAGUCAGUAUCUGUUGACCACACUCUCCUCUGUAAGAAAGUCAGAUGAGACUGGGUAGGGGCAGGGACAGGAGGUAGUUCAGAGUUAACACGGUUCCCAGACUCCUUAUUGUUUCCUUGGGGUCCCCAAUUUAAACGAUUGUUCCUGAGAGUUUACCACUAAGCUUUGUGUGCCCAAUGUGUAAGAUAUUAAGAGUUAAAAGGAACAGUACGCCAGGUCCCUCUGCCACUGACAGGUUGACCUUGGGUAGAUCCCAGCCUCUUUUGAGCUUUUUCCAUCUGCAGAUUGAGAUGGUUAGUCAAACAGUUCUCAUUGAGUAUUCUGCCAUUUUAUUCUCUCUCCACUCUCGCCUACCUGCCCCUCCUGCUGGCCAGGGCCUCUUGCCCAGUGCAGCUCUCAGUUGCCAAGACCAAUCCUGACCCAGGGCAUGAUGUAUUGGGCCACUCCUAACCGAAGAUUGAGAAGCCAGCCCCAGGACACCCUUGCUACUUCUAAGACCACGCUGUUUUCUCUCUGCUCAGUCUUGCUAUUUCUGGUCAGGCAGUGCUAAUGACUAAAUGGAAACAUUAGAAAAAUGUAUUCUUAUCAUUUAGAAUUUACUGCACAAAAUAAGCAAAGUGAACUUAUGUCCAUCAGGGGCACAUGUCCUGCCUCACAUGGCUGGUGCUCUUGAAUUGAAAGAUUAUAAAUGGAAAUGCCAACUGGUUAAUUCUGCCAGCCACAUGGAUGAGUUACUCCAGAAGUUUCUAGGAUGAGAACUAGAGAAACAAUCAUUCUUUUAAAGAGGGCACUUUCCAUAUAGCAAAACAAAUUCCAUAAAACCUUAAUAUCAAGUUUAAGUGCAAACUUUCUGCUUAGCACUUCUAUAAUUAGGACCCCAAAUCAGCAGGAACUCUGAAGUUCAUUUGAUAGCUAUCUUAUCUCACUAAGGCAUCUGAUAUCUCUGGGUGAAGACUUUUUCAGUGCCCUUCAGGUGGACCCCAUUAGCCAGGCUGAAGUAAAACACCCUUCACUUGUGGCAUCUGGAACAAGACAACAGACUGUGCAGAGUGGUAUCACACCUCCCCAAACCUAAUGAAAAAAACAUAUAAAAGUAAUAAAAAGUAUCACUGAAAAGCAAGAAGGGGUACCAUAAGUAGAUCAGGACAUUUAAUUAAUUCCUGGAAAAAGGAAGCAGAAGGGAUCAUGUAUAAAAUGAACUAACAUUAGAACACCAUAACCCAAAACAUUUGAGACUGCUGGAAGAGAUGAGUGAUUUCAAGGAAACCCCAAACUCAAACUCAGCCCGACACACUUAGGGGGACUAAAGGAGGAGGGGCAACUGAGGCAGCGGACGGUCAGUCCCAGCUAUCCCCCUGCCCUUGCUAAGCAGCCAGCGGCAAUGGCCUCUGCCUUGGGCUAGAACUGCGGGGUCAAUCCUGAGCCCUCACCUACAGGGCAGCUACUGAAGCAGGAAGCUCCCACACCCAGACGUGUAUAACCUUACUGAAAUCAAGACCCAUGGGAGUCAACCUAGAGAUGUGUCUCCACAAACCAUAACAGUAUUCAAAAUAACUCCUGACCUUUAUUUUUAUUUCAAAGACACUGUGAAGAGGACACGUGGUCUAUACAAAACAUUACAAACUCUCCUUUCCUCAUAUACUCUGAAGCUUGUCUGGUAUCCCAUGUUUAUCUAAAAAACAUGAAAAACCCCUCUCCUGGCUCUAGCCUGAGCAAUACUCUUCCACAUUCCUCCAUCAAGAAAGUGCCCCUAAACCUGGCCUGAUAAUGGCCAAACUCUUUCCAGGGAUGGAUCAGGUAAAUGAGUGCAGCGGGGAAAGACGGAAACCUCUUGAGUAGGCAACAAGAGAGCAAAGGGUCACUUCUAAUCCAAUUUUGUGCUCUCACAAACUAUUGCACCAUCUCUCCUUAAUAAAAACAAGAAGCUGAGGAGCACAGAACCAGUGCGCGGGGGCUCACUACCACAGAGAUAAGCAAAUUGCCCAAACUGCCAAAUAUUUGUGGAAAACUAGCAUCAUGAGCAAGGUGAUCUGAAACUCAUCAAACUGAAGAUUUUAGAAUAUACAGAUCUCCAGAGACAAGACAGAGAAUCAGCAAUUUAAAUCUUGAUUAUUUGCCAACCAGAUCCUGGUUUCUAAAUACCAUGACUCCCCUAAAAGAACUAGAGUGCCUUGGAGAAAUGGAUGACUCCAUGGCUGGGGCAAUUAGGUACCAGAUGAUGCUAGAACAUUUUCACAUGCCAGAAAGUAAGAGGUACUCAAAAAAUGAUGGGCACAUACCAGAAGGACUCAGGGGCCAGCUGGAUGAAUUCCCAGUAGCCAUGUCUGGGGUUAAUUUGAGCAACAAAACAAAUAAUGACAUAAGAGACUAUAAGUCAUUGAAUAAAAUUAGAACCCAGGAAUCCAUACUGAUAAUCAGUAGGCGACAAGAGUAGACCCCUUUCUUACAGCAGAAUGCUGAUUAAUAAACAUAAAUGUAAUAAUGGAAUUAGAAAACCACCACUCUGCAAUCAGAUUCAGGUAAGAAGUAUCAAUGGAUGGUAAAACACAGUCUCAAAGUAUCUCCCAUAACAUACUAACUACAAAGGGAAAAGGGUAACUUUAUGGCAGAGAAACCAGGCAUCACCUUAUUUGUGAUCAAGACCCAGAGGUCACAGUGACAUGCCCACAGAUCACAGGCCUUUACUCUAGAAAAAUGUCGUCAUUUCAACAGACAAAAGCUGGAGAACUGCCAGAUUAAAGGGGACUAAGGGCACAGAAUAACUAAUCACAAUGCAAGAUCCUAGACUGACUCCGGGCCAGGAAAAUGUGCUCUCAAGAGCUUUGUUGGAACUGAAAACUUGAGUAAGGCCAGCAGAUUAUGACAUUGCUGAUAAUUGUGAUGGUAUCAGUAGCAGCUUUCCUGUUUGACAACUGUACAUAACUGGUUAUAUAACAGAAUAUCCUGGCAGUAUUUACGGAUAAAGAGGCAUGAGCUCUGUAACUUACUCCAAGUAGUUCAGAAAAAAGUAUGUGUAUGUGGAUGUGUGCGCACAAACAUUCCAAAUGGGCCUUUAUAAUCGUUGCGACACAUACAGAAAUGACAAAGCAAUUGUGAAAAAUAUGACAGUUUAUGAAUCUGGGUGCAUAGGAAAUGAUGUUCUUUAUACUAUUUUUGCAACUUUUCUGUAAGUUUGAAAUUAUUUCAAAAUAAAGUUAAAAUUUGGGUGUUGAAAUAAA